GUUUGAUAUGAUCUUCAUAUUACAUUUGGAUGGCGUGGAACACCCUUAAGGCCUAUACAUAGGACGUACAUGCAGUUACCAUUUAAAUGAGUGAAAGAGGCACGGACCAGAACUUGGUUGGAGAGUUUCACACGUAACUGCGUAGCUGCGAUCAGCGUAUAGGUAACUUGACGCACCUUGAAGAUGGAGAAAUACAAUCGGGGCAAGGUCCUGGGCAAAGGCAGCUUUGGCUGUGCCAUUCUUGUCACAAACAAGUUGGAUAACAAGAACUAUGUGAUCAAAGAGAUAGAUAUAUCACGGAUGCCGAAGACGGAGAGGGAUGCCGCGGAGCAGGAAGCUAAGCUUCUCAUGGCCCUCAACCACCCAAACAUCGUGCGGUGCAUCGAAUGCUUUACCCACUUAAACAAGCUAUGCAUUGUCAUGGACUGGUGCUCCGAAGGCGACUUGUACGGCAUGAUGCAGAAGCGGCGGGGCCAGCAGCUGAGCGAGGACACCAUCCUGGACUGGUUCGUGCAGAUGUGUCUGGGACUCAAACACGUGCACGACAGGAAGAUCCUGCACAGAGACAUCAAGACACAGAAUGUGUUCAUGUCCGCCGGGGGCCUGCUCAAGCUGGGUGAUUUCGGAGUCUCAAAGGUGCUCAACUCCACCUUCCAGCUGGCAACCACUGCCGUGGGAACGCCGUACUACCUGUCUCCAGAGAUCUGCCAAAACAGGAAAUAUAACCAAAAGUCCGACAUCUGGUCGCUGGGCUGUGUGCUGUACGAGCUGGCCACCCUGAAGCACGCCUUUGAGGCGCCCAACAUGCGGGCUCUCAUUCAAAAGAUCAUCAAGGGCUCCUACCCGCCCAUGCCGCCCACCCGCUCCCGCGACCUCCGCGAGCUGUGCGACCGCAUGCUGACCCUGGACUGGCAGAAGCGCCCCUCAAUCAACGACAUCCUGGCCACACCCGUCAUGAAGGCGCGCAUCCAGAAGUUCCUGUCCUCCACACUGCAGGCUCAUGAGUUCAGUCACACCAUCAUUCAUGGACGACCCAGGCCAGGGCAGCUGGUGGUGGGGGCGCCGGCUCCGGGUGGGGGGCCGCCUGCUGCAGCAGCUGGCGGGAUGGCGGGCGGACUUGCUCCUCCCAAGCCCGGCGGCGUCUCACCCUCACCGCAAGCCAUGGCAGCAGCAGCUGCUGCAGCUGCCCCUCACAGACCCUCCGCCGCUGCCAGCCCCUCUCCAGCUGCUCGCCCCUCAGCGGCCGCCUCACCCGCUCCCAUUCGGGUGCCCAGUCCCAGUAACCCCAGUCGCGCCGCUGCCGCUGGGGCCGCUGGGGGGGCAGCUGCGGCGGGUGGGGUUGCGGGCUUCGUGGGCCUGCGUGGUCAGGCUCAGGACGCGGUGGCGGUGGCUCGUGCGAAGGCGGCGGAGGCGGCCAAGCUGCGGGAGGAGGCCAUGCUAGCACUGGCGCGUAAAGCGCAGCCCAAUGUCCCCCAGCUCCCAUGUCCCUGGGUUCGCCCCGCCUCGGCCCACCGCCAGUGCCCUCCGUCCCCACCCGCACCAGAAGCCGACCGCCUGCCCCGCCUGCCCACCUCCUCGGCCAAGCGGGCGGCUGAGGCGGAGUCCAAUGCGAAGCGCGAGGUGGAGCGCGCUCGGGCCCGGGAGGUGGCGGCUCUGGGCGCGCAGCGGGAGAUAGAGCGGCUGAAGCUGGAGGAGCAGCGGCGCAAACUGGAGGCGGACCGAGUGCGUAUGGAGGGUGAGCGGCGGAAGCGCGAGGCGGCCCAGGCGGAGGAGGUGCGGCGAGCCAAGGCGGCGGAGGAGGCCCGGGCGCGGCAGAGCGCGGAAGAGGCACGAAGGCAGAAGGAACUAGAGGCCCGGCGGAGAAGGGCGGAGGAGGAGGCGCGCAAGAAGGACGCGGAGCGAGCGGCCAAGGAAAAGGAGCGCGAGGACCUGCGCGCCCGCAUCGCGGCUCAGCGCAAGGAGUUCCAAGACCGACAGGCUGAGGCGGCUCGCAAUCGGGCGGCUGCGGAGCACCAACUGGGGCGAGGUGCGCCGGAGGUGCAGGUCUUGGCGGGUGGUGGCCGACCCUCACGUCGACAUUGGUCGCCGCCCCGAGUGGAGGAGGGGGCGCGGGGCGCAGCAGGGGAGGACGGUGACGAGGGCGCAGCGGGGAGGGGAGGCGCGGGUGCGGGUGCGGGUGCGGGUCGGCGAGGCAAUGAGGACUACCUCUCAGCGGAGCAGCGGCGGGCGGUGUGGGAGGAGCAGCGGGCAGCUGCGGAGAGGAACAAGCGGGCGGCACAGGAGGCGGAGCGCCACGGAGGCCUUGCGGAGUUCCUGGGGGUGCCGCGUGGGGGCGAUGACUCGGACGAGGGGCGGCACGGGCCCAGCAGCCGACAUCGCCACCACCAGGCGACGCCGCAGGGAGCAGCAGCUGCGGCUGCAGGGGGACCGCGUGCGUCGCCUGCUGCUGCUGCUGCGGGAGCAGACAUCUCACCCGACGCAAGGCGUGCAGCCUACCUGGAGAUGCGGGCCGCAGCGGAACGCAACCGGGCAGCGGUGGAGGGCUCGGACCGGCCGGGCAGGGGGCAGGCGACACCUCCGGCGGCAGGAGCAGCGGGCGGGGGCCGCCCCGUGUCGCAUGCGUCGCCAGCCAGUCGCGCCGGCACGCCUCCCCAGGUGCCCUCCCGCCCUCCUCCGUCUCCUCCUGCUGCUGCCCCGACCGACCCAUGGGCCGCGCGGAUGGCUCGGCUGGAGGAGGAGCGGCGGCGGCGCGAACUGGAGAUCCUGGAGUUCCAGCGGCAGCACCGGGAGGAGAUGCGGGAGGCCUGCCAGCGCAACCGGCGGCAGAUGUUUGCGGAGGUGCGCGGAACGGAUGCGCCUUCAGAAGCAGGUGGUCCGCCUGCCCAGUCCACUCCCGCUGCUGCCGCCGCCCCCGCUGCGGGCCGGGCAAACGGCGGAGCACAUGGGGGCGCCGCAGCUGCAGCAGUCGAUCAGCAGCAGCCUGCCGGAGGCCCCGAGGAGGAUGACAUUGACUUUGCGGCCAUGGUCAAGGAUAUGCAGGAUGUAUUGCUGCAGGAUGCCGCCGGCGGAGCAGGCUGCCGCAGCAGCGAUGAAGAUGAGGAUGACAUCUACAACGAUGACAAGCACUCAGCGGCGCUGGCGGGUCAGUUUAUGCUCAACGGGCAGGCCGUGCAGCUGCCCGGGGUGCGCGAGGGGGACAGCCUGGCGCUCAAGGUGGAGGCGCUGCGGGUCUUCCUGGAAACACACCUGGGCACCGACCCCUUCCUCAGGGUGUACCGCCGGCUGGAGUCGCUGUCCGUUGAUGACGACGAGGCGGCCGUGUCCGCUGAGUUCCUGGCUGCGCUGGGGCAGGAGAAGCUGCCCUACCUGCAGCUGGUGCACCAGCUGAUCGUGUGUGAGGAGAACAUGCACGCGGAGGGGGCGGCGGUGUGAGGGGGGCCGAGCUGCAGGGCGGGGAAGGGAAACGCAUGAGAGCUCGCAGGCGGGGACGAGGAGCGAGUUGGGAUCAGGGUGGGGUGAUGGGGCUACUGGUAAUAAGCACUGCCGUAGGAGGUAGCGGGAGUGUGCUUUUGUAUACUGCAGGGUGGCAUGGCCGGCCUUGCAGGGUGCGCGAAUGUUCGGACGUUUCCUAGUACCUGUAUAUGUCCUUGCGUGUGACCUUAAGUAUAGCAAAUAAUAGUAUGUCUAUACGCAGGCGACAUAAAUGGACGGGACAGUGGAUCAAGUUACGGGCUGGUUAGGGGCUAGAGUGGCGUCAUGUUAUUUUCGCUUCGCUGCGCGUGCAUUGAUGCAAACGGGGCUGUUGGUGGAGGUGACGACCCUUAAGGGGCAUGCGGGUGUGUACCCUGCGUACAUUGUUCACACGACCCCUCCGAGUCUCCGGUACCGUAUCUACGGCUGCUCGCUAGGACGACGCAUGCCCCUGCCCGGGUACAUGAGCACGUGUAUGCAUGCUUACGGCACGGUGACGCUUGCAGGCCAGCUGGAAUGGCUACCCACUAUGGAAGGGUGGUACACGAUACGAUACCUCCUCUGUGAGGGGUGUGUACAUUUUCGGACGAGGAACAGCGGAAUGGCAGAAGGACGGCACCUCUUGCCUAUGAAGUGGUACUGUGGCAAGUUAAGAAACCAGG